AUGAAGAAAGAUAUAGAGUCUUUAAUAGCCCAGGAAAAAGCGGAGAUCAUUGCCAAGUAUGAGAAGGGCAGGCAGGAAGGAGCUCCGAUUGACCCAUGGGAAGAUGCCAAUUUUACUUUGUAUAAAGUUACAGACCGGUUUGGAUUCCUGCAUGAGCAGGAGCUGCCGACCCGCACAGCCUUGGAGGAGAAGCAAAAACAGCAGGAGAUCGAACGCGUGGACAAGUGGCUAAAGAUGCUGAAGAAAUGGGGCAAAUACAGAAACAGUGACAAGAUGUGCCGGCGAGUGUACAAAGGGAUCCCGCUUCAGGUGCGUGGGCAGGUCUGGUCGCUUCUGCUGGAUGUCGAGAAGAUGAAGAAGGAGAAUGAAGGAAAAUAUGAGCAAAUGAAAGAACAGGCAAAGAGCUUUUCAUCAGAAAUCAAGCAGAUAGAUUUGGAUGUUAACCGCACCUUCCGAAACCACAUCAUGUUUCGGGAUCGCUACGGAGUGAAGCAACAGGCACUCUUCCAUGUCCUGUCAGCAUACUCGGUUUAUAACACCGAAGUGAGCUACUGCCAAGGGAUGAGCCAGAUCGCAGCCAUCCUCCUGAUGUACCUAAACGAAGAGGAUGCAUUUUGGGCACUGGCACAGCUGCUGACCAACCAGCGGCACGCCAUGCACGGUUUUUUCAUUCCUGGGUUCCCGAAGCUGCAGAGAUUUCAAGCUCACCACGAGCAGAUUUUAAGCAAACUGUUUCCCAAACUGAAGAAGCACAUGGACAAGGAGCAGAUGACUACGGGGAUUUACACGACCAAGUGGUUCCUGCAGUGUUUCAUUGACCGGACCCCCUUCACCCUCACCUUGCGGCUGUGGGAUAUCUACAUCCUGGAAGGAGAGCGGGUGCUGACAGCCAUGGCUUACACCAUCCUCAAACUGCACAAAAAGUGCUUGCUGAAGAUGACGCUGGAAGAUUUACGGGAAUUUCUGCAGGAGAAAAUUGCCGCUUCCCUGCAGUACGAGGACGAUGCCGUCAUUGAGCAACUGCAGGUGUCGAUGACUGAACUGCGCAAGAUGAAAUUUGACCUUCCCCCACCAGCAAAGCCUGAGGAGUUCCCACGGAAACCCCUGGGCCUGGAGCUCUCCCUCAACCCAGUAGCUAUGAAGGGCAACAUGGCAGCCAAUGGCCAGAACGGCCGGGUGAGCGAGCUCCCCCUGGACAGGGAGCCCCAUCCCCACAGAGGUCCCGGGGUGCUGGGAGGAACGAUGGCGGUGGAGGCAAGGAUUCCCACCCUCCAGGGCAGUGAAGCAGCUGAAGCAAUGGACAUCCACCAGCGUCCUCCUGGCAGGGGGCAGCUGGGAGAGGAGGUGGGAGAACAAGCAUCUUCCCUCUGCAAAGGGAACGCACUCAAUACACCCCCUCAUCCUCUGCCGGGCGGCUGGCGGCGGCUCUCUGGCACGUCGCAGCACGAUGGCUCCCCCGAGAGCGAGCGCAGGGAGGAGGCGACUGAGAAGCACUGCAGGGUGGCGCCGCGGGACAAAAUGGACUUGAAGCGCUUGGCAUCCAAAGCUGCUUCCAUGGGGGAGCUCACCAGCCUGCCGCAGAACGGGCCAGGGAGCGCCACUGGCACCGCGCACUGGCCGGAGGGCUUGGGCAUGCUGCCCGUGCACGGGCUG